AUGGAUGUCAUGGUAUUGUCUGCGACAGGGGUGAAGCGCACGGCCUUGAAUUUCAAGAACGAGGGGGAGAAGGCCAAGAAGAAGCGCCGAGACAAAAAGGCUUUGGAGAUUGAGGAGGAGCCCGGGGGAGCCGGGCGGGAUGAAGCUGUUGAUGGGGUGCCUGAGGUGCCUGUCGUGUCAGGCUCUGGACGUAUUGUCACCAAUACCACAACAGUCCAUGGCUUUGAGACCAAGUUCAAGGACGAGCUUGAGGUUGGGGAUACUCUCAUGGUCCAUCACCCCACGUCCCUGGAGGUGGAGUUGCGGAUGGUGGUGAGUGUGCUGUCGCAGCGCAGCUGUGUGAUCCACCAAGCGUUCUCCAAGGACUGCAACUCCACCUGUGAGUACCACAUCCGCAGGGACUCCCUGAAGAUCAAGGAGAAGGCCAAGGCAGAGAUUCAGGAAGACAAUCCGGAGCUUCUGCAGGAUGCAGCAUCCAGAGAGCUGCAAAGGCAGUUGGACAAACGACUGAAAAAGCAGUCGAAGACAGUCAGCGUCCGGGAGAAAACUGGCAUGUGGGGCUACAAGGUUGUCACCAAGAAGCUCGACAAGUCCUCCUCGGCAGAAGAUGCGUUGGAUGAACGCUGCAAACAAGGCCGCGACAAGUGGUGCUGCAUCUAA